AUGAGACUACGCGCGAGCAUCCUACCGAAAACGUUCAAAGAAACCUUCGCCACCGGCUUCUUGAUCGUCAACAUCCCGCUCCACCUGUACUCGCAGCUGUUCUUCGUCCUGCCGGGCCUCUACGAACCCUGGAGCGCCGACUACAACCUGCGCUUCGGCGUCAUCGUCCUGCUGACUCUCAUGGCCUUCGCCAAUCUGCUGGCGACCAUGCUGAGCGAUCCGAGCGUCGCCGGGCGCAUCCCCAAAGGCCGCAUCGUGGCGGAUUGGAAGUACUGCGCGAGGUGCGAGCGAUCGGCGCCGCCGCGCUCGUGGCACUGCAAGAUCUGCGACGUGUGCGUGCUGAAGCGCGACCACCACUGUCUGAUGAUGAGCUGCUGCGUGGGGCACGACAACCUGCGGUACUUCUUCUGCUAUCUGUUCUUCCAGAUGGCGUGCGCCGCGUACGGGACGGUGUUGAACGCGUGCUUCCUGUGGAACUCGAUAGAGCCGGGUUGUUUGUGGAAGGCCGUGCUGAAGGUGGCCUUUCCGUUCGUCGGGAUGUUCUUCGUCGAUUGGUCGAGCUAUCAGUUCCACUUCUGCUUGAUGGUGGUGUUGUUUUCGGUGGCUGUCGUCAAUGGUUUCUUGUUUGUUUUCUACGUGAAAUUGUUAGUUAGAAAUAUCACGUUGUUUGAAAAUAAGAAAAUUGGGAAGGAGAAAUUCAAUAGGGGUUUGGUGGAAAAUAUUAAAGUUGUUUUAGGCGAAAGGUGGUAUUUGGUUUGGCUCGGACCGUGGGUGCACAGUAAAUUAACAGGGGACGGUAUGCAUUGGAAUUAA